CAGAUCUUGUAAAUAUAAUUUAAUCAAACAAAGAGGAGAGAAUUUUAAACCUUAUUUCCACUAAAUAGAUCUAAAAAGGUUGUUUCAUAUCAAUCACACGUCUCCAUUGGUGAGAGAAAAGUGUGUAGUGAGCGUGUAGAGACUGAACACAUUGAGACAGGACUUCCGCCCAGCACUCUGAUGAAUGUGGGACAGUAAAGACGCUAAACUAACAGUAAGGGAAGGUCGUGAACAGCAGCAACACAACUGCACUGAACACAACGUUCUUCACUGAUAAUGACGUCGAGGAGAAACAGGAACAUGCUGGUGAAUAUUGUAACAGAAAUCAGGACUCUCAGGACUCUUCUUCUCCUGCUGUGCUGUUUACUGUGUGAAGCUGGAGAUGAGACGGUCACACUGCAGGAAGUGGAAGGAACCACUAUAACUCUCCAUACUGGGAUAACUGGGAUUCAGAGUGAUGCUCAUAUAGUUUGGUUUUAUGGACCUGAGACAGCAGAGGAAAAGAUAUUGAACAGUCAAGUGUUUAAAGGAGAAACUGUUACAGACAUCAGUGAGAGAUUUAAAGAGCGACUGCAGCUGGACGGAAUCAGUGGAGCUUUAACCAUCAGGAACAUCAGCAGAACUGAUUCUGGAGUUUAUUUAUUACAAGUCAUCACUGAACAUCUCUCAUCUAGGACUUUCAGUGUCAGUGUUUAUGCUCCAGUAUCAACUCCAGUAAUAAUAAAUGAAAGAGGAAAGCGAAGUGUGAUUUCCACAGAGUCGUGUUUCCUCCUGUGUUCUGUGGAGAAUGGAGAAGAUGUGAAGUUAUCCUGGUACAGAGAGAAUGAGAGAAUCUCCAUGACCAAUAACACAGAUCUCAGUGUUCCCCUCAAUCUCUCACUUCAAAUACAACACAAUGACAUUAACACUUACAUCUGUGUGUCUGCAAACCCUGUCAGCAAUAAAACAACUUCUCUCAUCAUCACACAGCUCUGUGACGUCUCAGACAAAUCUGAUGAUUCUCCUUCACUGCUUCCUGUCCUGAUAUCAGCUGGAGUUUUCCUGCUACUAAUACUAACAGGAUUUGUGUGGGUUUGGCUAAAAAGAAAACACAACAAGCUCCUAAAGAAACUUGAGGAAGUGACUUUCACUGAGGUGACAAUUACAGCUCACAGUGCAGAGAGAGUUAAAAAGGAAGAAAAGUCCAGAAUAACAGAUGGUCAAGAGCUGAAUACCUUCGUGAUGUACUCAGCUGUGGAGACACUGACAUAAUUCAGUACAUAUUUAUUUAUCAAAACGAUCUUUACAUGAUAAUUAAUCAAUU